CAACCAAUAUUGAUGAUGAAGAAACUUUCAUAGAAAUGAUUUUAUUUGAUGAAAUUAGUAACUAUGUUUCUGAUAUGAUUAAUAGAUUGGGAGAAUAUGAUACUUUGCUUGUUUCUACUUUUUGUAUUAAACUCAAUAAAGCUACCCUUAAAGCUACUGACACAGAAGUUGAAAUAAUGGCUAAACUAAUUGUCGAUGAGAUUGAAGAAGCAGAUGAUUUAGAUGGACGUAAGACUGAUCGUUUUGAUUGUAACAGUAAAUUAACUAUUCAUAUUGAUAUUCCAGCGGAAAAGGCUAAAAUUGUAUUGCAAUAUAAGUUAAUCCACGAAACACCUAUUGAUAUUGCAACACCUCUGGAAAUAAAACAAGAGAUUAUGAAAAACUUGA